AUGGCUUUUAGCCGCAUCCGUAUACUGGACCCCCCGUGCCGAGGCAUCGUCGGGAGAGCGGCGGUCAUGCUGUGCUCCCUCCUCACCUCUCUCUUCCUCCUGCACUGCCUCGCCGACCGCUGCGGCACCUCCCCGGUCCAGGACUCGAGGUCGCCUAGCGCUAAAAGACCGACGUACGAAUGGACCGCCGGGUCGGCGCCGACGGGCUACGGGGCCGCCCGGCGCCCCUCGAGGGUCCUCGCGGAUGAGCGCGCGCGGCAGGUUUCGGAGGAGUCUUUCAUCUGGCCGCCUCCGGACUUAGUCGCCUCCAGGAGAGCGUCGCCCAGGUUCGCAGGUAAACUCAGUCCGCUCGGGGAAGGGAGCAAGAAGCUGCCCCAGGCUCUCAUCAUCGGGGUGAAGAAAGGAGGCACCCGGGCUCUGCUGGAGUUCCUCCGGGUGCACCCGGACAUCAGAGCCGUGGGAGCGGAGCCGCACUUCUUCGACCGCAACUACGAGAACGGGCUGGAGUGGUACAGGGAGCUGAUGCCCAAGACUCUGGAGGGCCAGAUCACCAUGGAGAAAACCCCCAGCUACUUUGUGACCAGAGAGGCUCCGGCCCGGAUCGCCGCCAUGUCCCGGGACACCAAGCUGAUCGUGGUCGUGAGGGACCCCGUCACCAGGGCCAUCUCGGACUACACGCAGACGCUGUCCAAGAAGCCCGACAUUCCCUCUUUCGAGAGCCUCACCUUCAAAAACAGGACUACGGGGCUCAUCGACACCUCGUGGAGCGCCAUCCAGAUCGGCAUCUACGCCAAGCACCUGGACAACUGGCUGCAGUACUUCCCCGCGGAGCAGAUCCUGUUCGUGAGCGGCGAGCGGCUGAUCAGCGACCCGGCCGGAGAGCUGGGCCGCGUGCAGGACUUCCUGGGGCUCAAGAGGAUCAUCACAGACAAACACUUUUACUUCAACCAGACCAAGGGUUUCCCGUGCCUCAAGAAGGCCGAGGGCAGCAGCAAGCCCCACUGCCUGGGCAAAACCAAAGGGCGGACCCACCCCAACAUUGACCCCGAGGUGGUGCAGAGGCUACGGGACUUCUACAGGCCCUUCAACAUGAAGUUCUACCAGAUGACGGGGCGCUCUUUUGGCUGGGAGGACUGA